AUGGAGGUUGAAAAAGUUAAUAUAUGGUUAGAUUGUGAUGUCGGUAAUGAUGAUGCUAUGGCAAUCAUAUUGGCAUUGUAUCAUCCCAAGUCAAAUUUGUUGGGAAUCUCAACUUGCUUUGGUAAUACUUGUCUUGAAAAUUGUACAAACAAUACAAUUAGAUUAUUAAGUUCAGUUGGCAGAUCGGAAGUACCAGUAUUCAAAGGAGCAGCAUGUUCAUUAAAAUCUGUUACGGCUACUACAAAAAUGCAUGGGAAUCAGGGACUAUACGCAGCAGAAAAGUUAAUCAAAAAUUUCGAGCCAGUUCAAAAUAUCCCAUUGUAUGACUUAAUCAAAAAAACUGCUGGGGAUUAGAAGUUCGUGAUAGUAAUAACUGGCCCAUAAACGAAUAUAGCAAUUUUAUUGAGGGAUCACCCAGAGAUCAUUCCUUAAAUUCAAGAGAUUGUUUUUAUGGGGGGAACCUCAGGAUUCGGAAAUGUUACUCCAAAUUCAGAGUAUAACGUUUAUUCAGACCCAGAAGCAGCAUAAUUUGUAAUUGACACUUGCAAAUAACAUCAAUUAAAAUUAGUGAUGAUUGCAUUAGAUCUGACAUACACAUGCUAAUUAGUUGAGUCAUUAUAAUAGAGGAUCAAAGCUAUCAAUACGAAGUUUUCAGAUUGGUGUUUGGAAAUGCUUUAGGAAUUCUAAGCAGCCUAUAAAGCCUAAGAAUUUGAUUACCCUCCUAUUCAUGAUCCUGUUGCUGUUUUUUACCCUCUACAUCCUGAACUUUACAUAACCAAACCGUUAUUUGUGGCUGUAGAUUGUGAAUCAAAAUUAUGCUAUGGGAGAACUGUAGUUGAUAAAUAAGGAGUGCUUGGGUUAGAACCAACACUGGAGUUUGGUAGAAAAGUAGUGGUUGAAGAAUUUUGGAAUUAAAUGAUUGAAGCCAUCAGAUAAGCAGCGAAAAAUUCAAAGUUAGAAUGA